AUGGACCCGGGCGUCUUUGGCCUCAAGGAGAUUUCCAACCUAGGAAAAUUUACCGUGAGCAGCCAUAAACCAGGUAAUGGUGUUGAGCAGCUUCGGAGCGACGACCUCACUUCGUACUGGCAAUCAGAUGGCCCGCAGCCUCACAAGCUCACCAUCUACUUUGUCAAACGAGUGGGCAUCCGGGACAUUCGCUUCUACGUCAAUUACAACGAGGAUGAGUCCUAUACGCCCACCAAAAUCAUCUUCAAGUCUGGUACGAGCGAGAACAACCUGAUUCAGUUUGCCGCCAUGAACCUCGCCAGCCCCGUGGGGUGGCAACAAGUGCCUCUCGCAGGCGUCGGCGGCGAGCCUGACGGCAACACGCUCGUGUCUUGGGUGCUGCAGAUGCAAAUUCUGGAGAACCACCAAAACGGUAAGGACACGCAUCUACGAGGCAUCAAGAUAUAC